AACAAGUCUGCACGGCUCAGUUGGACUCUCAGCACCGCACCCGACGGGUGGUGUCACGUUUUUUCGUGAUAGAAAAUUAAACUCGCGCGCGAAAAGGAAACUUUCUUCGUCACGUUGGAAAACGAAUGGUCCGUUGCUUAAGUGCAAAAAUAUAGACAGGCGCAAACGGAACACUUCAACGGAGUGGAACUAGGUGCGACCCCAGAAUGCCAUCAAACUUUAAAAAGAAGAAGAACCAUCGUAAACACAAGAAUCACCAGUGUGCUUUGAUCGACAAAGAAGAUGAAGACGAAGAGGACAUUGAAACCAAAAGUACCUCGACAAAGCAAAUUAGCGAAGAAAGCAAAAACAAACCUUUUGUUGUGAAAUACUCGAAGACUUACGGCCGCUAUUUAGUUGCAUCGCGUGAUUUGAGCGCCGGAGAGAAAGUCAUCGAAGUUGAACCAUUAGCUAUCGGCCCGUGGGCUGAAAGUGAUCCUGUCUGUCUUGGAUGCCAUCGACCUUUUAAAAAAGGUUACAUCCCAGUUAGAUGUGCCAGUUGUAAUUGGGAAAUAUGCUCGCCAGAGUGCAGUGGCCUUGAAAUCAGCAAAGCUCACAAAAGACUGGAGUGUAUUCCACUUAAAGAACACAAUAUAGCCAAGCUGUACGAUAGUAGCUCUGUUCAGCAAAAGAAACUAAUGUACGAAGCAAUAUUUGCACUUCGGUGCUUGCUGUUGAAAAAGACUGACCCUGAAAGGUAUUCCCAACUGCUAGAGAUGGAACCGCUAAACGAGCUACGACAACAGAUCAGCAGCCUUUGGAAACGUAAUCAGGAAUCGAUCGUUAAACGAAUCCGUAAAGAAUGGAAAUUUGAGGAGUUUUCCGAAAGCGAGAUCCACACAGUUUGCGGCAUAAUUGAAGUCAAUUCGUUUCAGAUCGGACAAAAUGAUGUUCACGCAAGAGCGUUGUACCCUGAAGCUUUCUACAUCAUGCAUGAUUGUACCCCCAACACGUCGCACACUGACGAUCCGGAGAGCAACAUAUUGUCAAUACGACUUACUAAGGAUCUCAAAGCAGGUGAUCCACUCACUCUAUCAUACGCUUACACACUUCAAGGAACUUUGAAACGCAGACAGCACUUGUAUAACAGCAAAUUCUUCUGGUGCCGAUGCGAACGUUGUUCGGAUCCGACAGAGUUUGGGACAAAUUGUAGCUCGUUGAAAUGUCCCAAGUGCCCGGCAGGACUCGUAAUUUCAACAAAUCCAUUAGAACAGAACGCUGAAUGGGAAUGUAUAUCCUGCAAGCAUAUGAUUUCCUCUAAAGUCGUUGCACAUCUUCUGGACAGACUAUUCAAGGAGGUUGAUGCAAUUGAUGGAAACAACAUCGAACUAUACGAAAAAUUCAUUGACAAAUACAAAUCAAUCCUUCAUUUUAAUCACUACCUUUUCCUUUCGGCCAAGCAUUCACUCUGUCAAUUGUACGGAAAAAUAUCUGGUUAUCUUAUACCCGAAAUGAGCUUGCAACAAAUCAAACAGAAGGAGACUCUUUGUCGGGAUCUACUCUCCGUUGUCGAUUUGUAUGAACCAGGACUAAGUCGCUUGAGGGGUGUCAUCAUGUACGAGCUCCAUGUACCUAUAAUGAUAGAAGCAAAGCACCAAUUUGAAAUGCGUCAGAUCAGCGGUAGUAAAUUGAAGCUAAAGUUGAACGAAGCUUUGCAACUGCUAAAGGAAAGUGCGAAGAUUCUUUCAUUUGAACCAAUUGGAUCCCCGGAAUACGAAAUGGCGAUAGCAGCGCUUGAGGCUGUUCAAAAAAUGGAGAAAUGAAACAGAUGAGCAAACUUAGUACAAGUUAGUACCAGAUAAUAAAAUAUUUUAUUAAAUGCCAAUGUCUCGUUUAAUAUAAUUUGGUUUUCAUCACA